AUGCCCACCCCGCCACUGCCAGACUAUGCCCACUGGCGCUCGCCCCAGCAACAGCAGACACCCCUCCACGACUCCACUGCGCUUCCCGACCUCUUAUCACCAAGGGUCACCGACUCGCCAGCGCUCAGGCCAGGCAAAAAAGACCUCAUGCACCCCGCCUUCCUGCCCCCCUGCGAGCACGGCGGUGACGGGGACAUGCAUGCUCACGCGUUUGACCUCCUCUCCCUCUCUGGAGGCCCCCCAUCCCAGCCUCGCCGAGCUCAUCCGCAGACGACUGCUUCGACACCCCAGGCCAUCCCAUCGAGCGUGCCGUCGCGCCCCUCUUAUCUCUCGGCUACGAAACCGCAGGCGCCCAUCCCAGACAAGGCCGGCAAGGAGAAUGCCCCCAGGCAGCGAAGGAUGAGCAGCAGCACAACGGGUGUGCUUGGGAGAGGGAAGCUUGGCUUGACAGGAGCGGGACCGACAGAAGGCCUCGGGCUGAAUGGUGUAGGGAAGGACAGCCGAGCACCGACGGUGACUGCUCCGGCAGGGGCCGGUCGUAGAUCAACGCUGGGGUCUUCGCCGGCUCCUCAGCUAUUUGACUUUGCCAGGACUGACCGCCGUCCAUCCAUGUCCAAGCCGGCGCCUUCUGCCCCUCUCCCCGGCCGCUCGCAGUCGCUGGCUACGUCUGUCCCCACCCGCGCCUCCCUUCGCAGACCAUCCCAGCCUGCCCCGGUUCCUCUGCAGGAUGAUAUCGAGCUCGACAUGGAGUUUGACGGGGACGAUGACGAGGAUGAUGGAGAGAUUCGCAGCGGGAGGAGUGGAAGUGCUGAUAUCGACAUGGAGGACGACGAUGAUGGGGCGCUCAAGCCAGAGUAUGAAAAGCUCGCUCUCGGGACGGGAAGUGGUGGAGUCAAGGGGAGAAGAAAGGGGAUGGUGUUCAAGUGCGAGACGUGCAAUAAAGAGUACAAGCACCCGAGUUGUCUCGUCAAGCACAGAUGGGAACACAGUCCUCAUUGGAAGGAGCCAACAGCGCUGAGUAUGAGCAAACAUCAACAAGUGCAGAUGCUCGAAGCGGCUGCUAUCCUGGCCCAUCUCGGACCGGCGAAAGACACCGGCCGCUCUCUUCCCUCGGACAAGUCACUCUGGCCUUCCAUCCUGUCGCCUGCCGCCGCCAACGAAGCUCUCCCCAGACGCGGUUCCCGUACUGCCCGCGACAUUUCUCUCGGCAGAUCGCCUUCCAUAUCCAGCGCUGCACCCCUGACACCAUCCUCAUUACGCGACAGCACCACCCUCGAUACGCUCGUGGAAGGAAAGGACCGGGACGACAGAGAAGGGAGCGACUCGACAACAAGCAGCAUGGGUGCGAGCGAGCCGUACAUUCCUCGGCGUGGGUCAAUCUCUGCCUCCCACCUCUCGCCUCGAGCUGUGCCCAACGGCUUGGGCAUCCGAUCUCCCCCCACUUCUUCUCCUUAUGCUCGCCCAAGGCCUAUGGGGCUGAGCAGCGAAUCUCGCGCACCCUCAUCCCUCUCCUCUUCCAUCCCCGGCCCUGCAACCCCACACUCGAUCGGCUCGCUGCCCGACAUGAAUGGCCUCAAAUUCGCCUCUUCCCUUUCGUCGUCCCUGACAGUGCCCGGUUCUGGCAUGAGCCCUAUCCCGGGACGGAACGCCAUGCCAGUCUAUAUGAAGACGGGCAUGGUUGGGGGCGGCAUGUUUGGAGUGAGGACACAGGUGCCGAGCUCCUCUGUGAGAAGUGGAGCCGGUGUCGAGGAAGAAGACGAGGAGGAUUCAAGCGAGGAUAAAGCAAGGGAGGAUGAAGCUGAAAACUGGGGUGUCAAGGAGAACAAGGAGAGGGAGGGCGAAGACUGGGGUAUGGCGUUGGAGAUGGAGCUGUGA